AUGACUGAACAGAGUUCCGACUCUCCCCAGCCCGACCUAACUCCCAAAGAACAGGAGAUUAUCAAGACCUUCGCUGGCUGGAUCACGUUCAUGGAGUGCUUUGGUCUCAACCCUAAGGAUGAGGAUGACGUUGAUGAAGCAAUGGUUAUCCUCAAGAUUCUUGUCGUUCAUGAGGGGAAUAAGGAAAAUGUGAUUGCUGCAGUGCUCGAUGCGAGACAUGCGAGAGGGUCUUAG